GCGCGCGGUGAGAGCAGAGCAUGCCCACCAGGCCACCACCUCCACCAGAGAGAGAGAGCAGAGUACAACACGCGAUCGACCCCACGGCGCUAGGCCGCUAGCGCUAUAGGCUAUACUAUUGCUAUUCGCCGCGGGUUCCCCAACCUUUCCGCGUCACCCCUCUCCCUCCGUCUCGCGCUUUAUAUAGCCACGGCGCGGCGCCCGCUUCGGCUCUCCCCGUCUGCCGUCCACCACGCAUCGCCAAGCGCCAUAUCUGCAGGAAGCACCGGGCCAGGCACGUCGCUUCACCACCCCACCCCACCCCACCUUCCCCUUACACCACACCACCACCGCAAGCCAAGAGGCACGGCCACGCAUGGGUUUCCCGGCGGGCUACUCGGAGCUGGUGCUCCCGAAGCAGCUGCUCCACCUGCUGCUGCUGCUGGGGUACGUCCGCCGCUUCCUCCUCUGGGCGUUCGACGCCGUGGGCCUCGGCGACCUGCUGGAUCUCGGGGACGACCACCAAGCGCCGCAGCCGCAGCCGCAGCACCGGCGGGCGGAGUUCCGGGCGGCCAUGCCGGCGAUGGUCAUCGAGGAGGCCCUCCCCGUGGCGCGGUUCGACGAGCUGGAGGCGCGCGUCGUCGUUGGCGGGGACUGCGCGGUGUGCCUCGGCGGCAUCGGCGGCGGCGACGAGGUGCGGCGGCUCGGCAACUGCCGCCACGCCUUCCACCGCGCCUGCCUCGACCGCUGGAUGGAGCACGACCAGCGCACCUGCCCGCUCUGCCGCGCGCCGCUCAUCCCCGGCGCGGCGCUCUGGCCCGCCGACGCCUCCGACCUGGACUUCUCCUACCCCGGCGCGCCGCUGACGCCCGUCGUGCCCUCCCCGACGCUGCUGCGGCCGCACGAGCUGCUGCUGCUCGCGGGCCUGGGCGGAUACUGAGCUCACCGCCCCGACUGCCGGAAAUCCACCUCCCCCGUGCGCAAUGCGCUGCCGGGAACGCCUGAAUCCGUCGGCCAUCGACGCUCGGCUCGCUUCCGUUCCGUCCGUGGGAGGGGAGCAGAAAGACAGCAGCCGAUGCAGAGGAACCGGACCGGAGGCUCCUCGAAUUGCAUAUACAUAGGCAAAAUGAGUAAAGCGACCGACCACCCCCCACAAAGAAAGGGCUAGGAGAUUAGAUUCCUCCUGUGCGUAGGAAGAUUCCGUCGUCCGAGUGUGUGGAGUCGUGAAUCUUUCCGUGGAUUAAAAUUUUGUUGACGAGCUAGGCGUGUCCAUUGUCCAAGCAAGAUUUGGGCCCGCUUUUUGUCC